UCCAUACCGUAAUCGUGCAACUGUGUUUGCUCAUGUUUCGUGCUCUCAAUUUCCUAGAUUUCUUUCAUUUUGUGUGAGUUUUCUAUGAAAUACGAAGGCCAUUAAUUGCUUAAACUGUGUAAAUUAAGAUUGGACUAUGAUAGCAAUGGGAAACUGACAGCUGUUGGAGAAAACGAGUGACUCGGAAACACAUCGCUUUAAUUCGGUCCCACAUAUUGCCGUUUGUGCUGCAAAAGUCGAUUACAUUUACAUCAGUAGAUGUCUAGAACUUAGAAGAAGAAGAAAUUGUAUAGAAUUGACCACUUAUUCUAGUGUAAAUCAUGGUACGGAUACUAGCGAGCGGAGAGAUUGUUCAAGACGAGGAUCCAAGAGCACAAGCGUCAGGAAACCGACAAUCAGGGUCAGGAUCGUCUAGACAAAUGGGAAGGAUUCAGCAUGACAACGACGCGGGCCAGCAAGGAGGUUAUGGUGGAGCUUACGGAGGAGAAGGAGCUGGCGGAGGGGCUCAUGGAGGUGGAGCAGGAGGAGGAGAAGGGAUCUCCAUCUUUCAAGUCCUGAAUCAGAAAUUGCUCGACCUCGGCAUUCCUCGAUGGUCGUUUGGGACGACGGUGAUUGAACCCAUCGUGACAGUUGGCUUUCUAGCUGCCUUGCUUCUUCUCGGAGUGAAGGGACUCUUUCUGGGAGCCGUGCUCUUUGCUGCUGUCAAAUUCAGUGGAGGAAUGGAUGGUGGUAUGGGGGACAAUACCAGCAGGAAUACCGGUGGUGGUGGGGGUAGGGGUGGAGGGAGGGGUGGGGUAGGGGUUUUGGUAGGACAACAGGUGGAAGAUUGAUUGGUAGAAGGAGGUGAUAAGAGGAACCACACCCUAAAACUGAAUUGAAGUUAAUCCUCCCAGCAGGGCUCGACACUUACAGCCGCCCGAGACACAUGGGGCCCAAGAUCUAAAUUUGGACCCCCAAAUUCUGAAAUUUUUACAUAGGGCUCAUGCAUACAGACCCUAAAAAGUUCAAUCAAGACCACCAUCCAAAAAGUCAGUGCGGAGCCCUGCCCUCAGUGCCAUAAGUGGUUUGAACUGCCUAAAGUUUAUCAUUAUAUAGUCAAACCUGCUUUAGUGACCACCUGUCUACAACAAUCCCAAUUUUUGUUUCCCUAGAAAAUGGUUUCUC